AUGCAGCUUUACGCAGAUGCACUGGACAAAAUUAAGUUCCUGGGAGCCUCCUCCUCCAAGUUCACCACAGCCCUCCGUGCCUUUGAGCAGGAGCUUGGCGUGCAGCCUCCCGUCGGAUUCUGGGAUCCGCUGGGCCUCUCCCGUGAUGGCGACGUGGAGAAUUUCAUGCGAAGGCGUUCCGUGGAGCUGAAGCACGGCCGCAUCGCGAUGCUGGCAACCAUGGGCUACAUCACGCCCGAGAUCGCGGGAAAGUUCCCAGGCUACCUUUCUCCGAGCUUGGGCCUGAAGUUUGCCGACGUGCCCAACGGUCUUGCAGCCCUCUCCAAGGUGCCUGGCGGGGGCUGGACCCAGAUCCUGCUGUACAUGGGCUGGUGCGAGGUUUCUCGCGGAGCAGGCUCCGACAUCGCUAGCGGCCGCCCUGGCGAUUUCGGCUGGUAUGUGCUGACGAGCGCAGACCCCGAGGCGAAGAACAAAAAGCUCAACGCGGAGUUGGCAAACGGUCGUCUUGCCAUGAUGGCCAUCAUUGGCAUGUUCUACCAGGACGGCCUGACCGGCUCCGCCUGGGGUGACUGGGCCAACUUCACCGAGUCUCCACUUCGGGCUUUCGAGCAGGAGCUUGGCGUGCAGCCUCCUGUGGGAUUCUGGGACCCGCUGGGCCUUGCCCGUGAUGGCGAUGUGGACACUUUCAUGCGCAGGCGCUCCGUCGAGCUCAAGCAUGGUCGCAUCGCGAUGCUGGCUGAUCCAGCAAAACAUUUCCCAUACAACGGUCGGGCCGAGUCGGAAAACGCAAAGGCUGAGUCGGAGAACGCACAGGACCAGAGCCGCAAGCAGCCGGGUGCUAAUUUGCUCAGUUGUGCGACUCUGAAUAAUGGUGUGAAGAGCCAAGGCUACAUUACCCCAGAGAUCGCUGGAAAGUUCCCAGGCUACCUGUCCCCGAGCCUGGGGCUCAAGUUCGCCGACGUGCCCAACGGCCUCGCGGCCAUCUCCAAGGUGCCUGCGGGCGGCUGGACGCAGAUCCUGUUCUACAUGGGUUGGUGCGAGGUCUCUCGCGGAGCAGGCUCUGACAUUGCCAGCGGCCGCCCUGGUGAUUUCGGCUGGUACGUCCUCACAAGCGAGGACCCCGAGGCGAAGAACAAGAAGCUCAAUGCGGAGUUGGCAAAUGGUCGUCUUGCGAUGAUGGCCAUCAUCGGCAUGUUCUACCAGGACGGCCUUACCGGCUCUGCCUGGGGCGACUGGGCCAACUUCACGGAGUCCCCGCUCCGCGCCGCUGCUCCCGACUUCAGCACGGAGCUUGGUGUCACACCGCCCUUGGGCUUCUGGGACCCUUUGGGCCUUAGCAAGUUCGACGACCCUGAGAUUGCUGCGCAGCAGUUCCGCCGAAGGCGGAUCGUCGAGCUGCAGCACGGCCGAGUGGCCAUGUUGGCAUGCCUCGGGUACAUCACGCCUGAGUACGUGCGCUUUCCAGGAUUCUGCUCUCCUUCCCAAAGCCUGGCCUUCACAGACAUCCCCAACGGCCUCAAGGGCGCGGCGGCGGUGCCCCUGGCAGGAUGGCUCCAGAUCGUGACUUUCGUCGGCAUCAUCGAGGUGUACAACCUCCAGACAAUCCAGACAGACAUCCUCGGUGAUUAUGGCUACGGCGCCUUUGGCAUCCCCUUCGGCAAGAAGAUCGAGGAUGCCGAGAAGAAGACGAAGAGCCUCAACGCCGAAAUCAACAACGGCAGGCUGGCAAUGAUGGCCAUCAUCGGAAUGUUCUUCCAGGACGGCCUGACCGGAUCCGCCUGGGGUGACUGGGCCAACUACGCCGACUCACCCUUGCGCGCGACUGCUCCGGACUUCUCCACGGAGCUGGGAGUGACGCCGCCGCUGGGCUUCUUCGACCCGCUGGGCCUCAGCAAGUUCGACGACCCGGAGGUCGCCGCUGCGCAGUUCAAGCGCCGCCGCAUCAUCGAGAUCCAGCACGGACGGGUCGCCAUGCUGGCUUGCAUUGGCUACAUUGUCCCAGAAUAUACGCGCUUCCCAGGCUUCUGCUCUCCCUCCCAGAGCUUGUCCUUCACCGACAUCCCCAACGGCCUCAAGGGCGCAGCUGUCGUGCCGUUGGCAGGCUGGCUCCAGAUCGUCACUUUCGUGGGAAUCAUUGAGGUGUACAACCUCCAGACGGUCCAGACCGACGUGCUGGGUGACUACGGAUAUGGCGCCUUCGGACUGCCAUUCGGGAAAAAGAUCGAGGAUGCCGAGAAGAAGACGAAGAGCCUCAACGCCGAACUCAACAAUGGAAGAUUGGCCAUGAUGGCCAUCAUCGGCAUGUUCUUCCAAGAUGGCCUUACCGGCUCCGCAUGGGGCGACUGGGCCAACUACGCCGACUCACCCCUGCGUGCGUUCGAGGAGGAGCUGGGUGUUCAGCCCCCGGUCGGCUUCUGGGAUCCCGUGGGCUACACUCGUGAUGGCAACGCCGACACCUUCAAGCGCCGGCGCGAGACCGAAAUCAAGCAUGGCCGUGUGGCGAUGUAUGCCACCAUGGGCUACAUCGUGCCUGAGUACUUCAAGUGGCCAGGAUUCCUCUCGCCCUCCCUCGGCCUGAAGUUCUCGGACGUGCCGAAUGGCUUGGCUGCCAUCACGAAGGUGCCUGGUGCUGGCUGGGCGCAGAUCGUGGCCUUUGCCGGCUACUACGAGCUCUCAGUGUACAAGUACAGCGGAACCCCAGGUGACUAUGGCUGGAAGCCGAUCACCUCCAGUGAUCCCGAGACUCUCAAGAAGAAGUUGAGCGCCGAGAUCGCCAACGGAAGGCUGGCGAUGCAACUCGGCUCGCAGCGAGACGAAAGCUUCACGCCCAAGUCCAAACUCAAGCCAAUCCACGCGGGAGACUCAUCCAAUGAGAAUCUUCUCAGCCCUGCUUUUUGCAUUGCUUUUUGCAUGCCUAUGCAGCUACAGGACGAGACGGGCGUGACCGUGGCACGGGGUAAAUCUGUCCACCCUGAACUGCAACGGGAGGCCUUAAGCGGGUCGCGAGGUGAAGCCGCAGGUGAGGAGGAGCUGGGUGUUCAGCCCCCGGUCGGCUUCUGGGAUCCUGUGGGCUACACUCGUGAUGGCAACGCCGACACCUUCAAGCGCCGGCGCGAGACCGAAAUCAAGCAUGGCCGUGUGGCGAUGUAUGCCACCAUGGGCUACAUCGUGCCUGAGUACUUCAAGUGGCCAGGAUUCCUCUCGCCCUCCCUCGGCCUGAAGUUCUCGGACGUGCCGAAUGGCUUGGCUGCCAUCACGAAGGUGCCUGGUGCUGGCUGGGCGCAGAUCGUGGCCUUUGCCGGCUACUACGAGCUCUCAGUGUACAAGUACAGCGGAACCCCAGGUGACUAUGGCUGGAAGCCGAUCACCUCCAGUGAUCCCGAGACUCUCAAGAAGAAGCCCCUGGACUUUGUUGAACAUGUUGGGCUGGUUGAGGGAUACUCCGUGAUUGUUCACGCAGAGCAUCAGUUGAGCGCCGAGAUCGCCAACGGAAGGAUGGCCAUCAUUGGCAUGUUCUUCCAGGAGGAGCUGGGUGUUCAGCCCCCGGUCGGCUUCUGGGAUCCUGUGGGCUACACUCGUGAUGGCAACGCCGACACCUUCAAGCGCCGGCGCGAGACCGAAAUCAAGCGCCUCGGCCAGUUAAAGCAUGGCCGUGUGGCGAUGUAUGCCACCAUGGGCUGCGCGGCGAUUUGCUACAUCGUGCCUGAGUACUUCAAGUGGCCAGGAUUCCUCUCGCCCUCCCUCGGCCUGAAGUUCUCGGACGUGCCGAAUGGCUUGGCUGCCAUCACGAAGGUGCCUGGUGCUGGCUGGGCGCAGAUCGUGGCCUUUGCCGGCUACUACGAGCUCUCAGUGUACAAGUACAGCGGAACCCCAGGUGACUAUGGCUGGAAGCCGAUCACCUCCAGUGAUCCCGAGACUCUCAAGAAGAAGUUGAGCGCCGAGAUCGCCAACGGAAGGCUGGCGAUGAUGGCCAUCAUUGGCAUGUUCUUCCAGGAUGGUCUCACAGGCUCCGCAUGGGGUGACUGGGCAACCUACACCGAUUCCCCGCUGCGGGCCUUCGAGGACGAGACGGGCGUGCAGCCACCGGUGGGCUUCUGGGAUCCCCUCGGCCUGUCUGCAAGCGGAAAUCUCUCGGACUUCAACCGCCGCCGCGAGGUGGAGCUGAAGCACGGACGUGUGUCCAUGUUCGCAACGAUUGGCUACAUCCUGCCCGAGUACUGGAGGUUCCCUGGAUACCUCUCCAAGUACCUGGACAUCAAGUUUGCCGACAUGCCCAACGGCCUCGCAGCCAUCUCCAAGGUCCCGACCUUCGGCUGGCUUCAGAUCGUGGGCUUUGCCGGUAUCGUGGAGGUGAACGUCUACAACGAGCAAAUCGGCGAUGAGCCUGGCAACUACGGCGCCGGCUUUCUGGGUUUGAGGUCGAUUGGCGUCAUGAGCACCGGCAUCCAGGACCCGGAGGCCCGCAAGAAGAAGCUGAACGCUGAGUCAGUAGGUGGGCAACUGUACAGGAACUUCUCCGGCGUAGGCAUGGCGCUGUUGCAGAGCAUGUUCUCACCCCUGAUCCGAGGAGCUUGGUGUGCAGCCUCCGGUGGGCUUCUGGGCUUCUUGGCAGCUGGAGAGACGCUUUCGGGGAGCGGGAGGACCCGGUUGGAUACACCCGCGAUGGCGGCCCGGCGCAGCACGGAGACCUUCAAGCGCCGCCGUGAGACGGAGCUCAAGCAUGGUCGCGUCGCCAUGUACGCCACGAUGGGUGGCCUGGCUGUGCUGGGCGACUACAAAAGCUACAUCGUGCCGGAGUACUUCAAGUGGCCCGGCCCCUCGGCUCGGCCUCGGAGUCUCAGGAGCUCGCGCGCGGUGCCGGGUGCUGGCUGGGCACAGAUCGUGGCCUUUGCAGGCUACUACGAGAUUGUGGCGUACAAGUACUCUGGCACGCCAGGGGACUACGGCUGGAAGCCCAUCACCUCCAGUGAUCCGGAAGGCUUGAAGAAGAAGUUGAGUGCCGAGCUGGCCAACGGCCGUCUGGCCAUGAUGGCCAUCAUUGGCAUGUUCUUCCAGGAUGGUCUCACAGGCUCCGCAUGGGGUGACUGGGCAACCUACACCGAUUCCCCACUGCGGGCCUUCGAGGACGAGACGGGCGUGCAGCCACCGGUGGGCUUCUGGGAUCCCCUUGGCCUGUCUGCAAGCGGCAAUCUCUCGGACUUCAACCGCCGCCGCGAGGUGGAGCUGAAGCACGGACGUGUGUCCAUGUUUGCAACUAUUGGCUACAUCCUGCCCGAGUACUGGAGGUUCCCUGGGUACCUCUCCAAGUACCUGGAUAUCAAGUUUGCCGACAUGCCAAACGGCCUCGCAGCCUUCUCCAAGGUCCCGACCUUCGGCUGGCUUCAGAUCGUGGGCUUUGCCGGGAUCGUGGAGGUGAACGUCUACAACGAACAAAUCGGCGGUGAGCCUGGCAACUACGGCGCUGGCUUCCUGGGUUUGAGGUCGAUUGGUGUCAUGAGCACCGGCAUCCAGGACCCGGAGGCCCGCAAGAAGAAGUUGAACGCUGAGUUGGCGAACGGCCGCCUUGCCAUGAUGGCCAUCAUCGGUAUGUUCUUCCAGGAUGGCCUCACGGGCUCCGCCUGGGGCGACUGGGCCAACUACACCGACUCCCCGCUGAGGGCCUUCGAAGAGGAGACCGGGGUCCAGCCUCCUGUUGGCUUUUGGGACCCGUUGGGUUUGUCGACCAGUGGCAACGUCUCGGACUUCAAGCGCCGACGCGAGGUCGAGCUCAAGCACGGACGCGUUGCCAUGUUCGCCACUAUGGGCUACAUCCUGCCUGAGUACUGGAGGUUUCCGGGAUACCUCUCCAAGUACUUGGACAUCAAGUUUGCGGAUGUGCCCAACGGACUCAGCGCCUUCUCCAAGGUCCCUACCUUCGGCUGGCUGCAGAUUGUGGGCUUUGCCGGCAUCGUGGAGGUCAACGUCUACAACGAGCAAAUCGGUGAUGAGCCGGGCAACUACGGCGCAGGCUUCCUCGGCUUGAGGUCCAUUGGCGUCAUGAGCACUGGCAUCCAGGACCCGGAGGUGCGAAAGAAGAAGCUGAACGCGGAGUUGGCCAACGGACGCCUGGCCAUGAUGGCCAUCAUCGGCAUGUUCUUCCAGGACGGGCUCACCGGCUCCGCUUGGGGUGACUGGUCGCUGUACACUGCCUCGCCUCUCCGAGCCUUCGAGGGUGAGCUUGGUGUUCAGGCGCCCGUGGGCUUCUGGGAUCCUCUUGGUCUCUCCGCGGACGGCGACACCGAGGUCUUCAAGCGACGUCGUGAGGUGGAGCUGAAGCAUGGACGCAUCUCCAUGUAUGCAGCGAUGGGUUACAUUGUGCCGGAGUACUUCCGCUGGCCGGGAGAGCUCUCCCCCAAGCUGGGCCUCAAGUUCACCGACAUCCCCAAUGGCCUCGCCGCACUCACGAAGGUGCCAGGUCAGGGUUGGGCUCAGAUCGUGGCCUUCCUGGGAGUCUAUGAGCUCUUCGUGAACAAGCCGGUUGGCGAUGAGCCAGGCAACUACGGCAAGGGCAACCUGGGCCUGGGCUUCCUCAAGUCGGUGGCCGAUCCGGAGGCGCGCACUCGCAAGCUCUCCGCCGAGCUGGCAAACGGGCGCCUGGCGAUGAUGGCCAUCAUGGGAAUGCUUUUCCAAGAUGGGCUGACUGGCUCUGCGUGGGGUGACUGGGCCCUUUACACCGACUCGCCUCUGAGGGCCUUCGAGCAGGAGCUGGGAGCCCAGCCGCCGCUGGGAUUCUGGGAUCCCGUCGGAUUCACAAAGGAUGGCAGCGCCGAGAACUUCAAGCGCCGUCGUGCGGUGGAGAUCAAGCACGGCCGAAUCGCGAUGCUGGCCACCAUGGGCUACAUCACUCCCGAGCUGGGAAAGUUCGGCGGCAUCUGCGCAUCGGACCUGAACUUCUCAGACAUCCCCAACGGCCUGGCUGCCUUGAAGGUGGUCCCCUUCGCAGGCUGGCUGCAGAUCUUCUUGUACUGCGGCUUCGUGGAGUUCUCCGGAGGUCUCGGUGAGGAUGCUUGGGGCAGCAAGAGGCCUGGCGAUGUGGGCUGGAACCCGCCUCUGCUCUCCGCUGGCGACGACGAGACCAAGCAGAGGAGGUUGGCCGCUGAGCUGGCGAACGGCCGCCUGGCCAUGAUGGCGAUCAUCGGCAUGUUCUUCCAGGACGGCCUCACCGGCUCUGCCUGGGGCGACUGGGCCAACUACACGGCCUCGCCGCUGAGGGCCUUUGAGCAGGAGCUCGGCGCCCAGCCGCCGCUGGGAUUUUGGGACCCCGUCGGCUUCACCAAGGAUGGCAGCGCCGAGAACUUCAAGCGCCGCCGCGCCGUGGAGAUCAAGCACGGCCGAAUCGCGAUGCUGGCCACCAUGGGCUACAUCACUCCCGAGCUGGGAAAGUUCGGCGGCAUCUGCGCAUCGGACCUGAACUUCUCAGACAUCCCCAACGGCCUGGCUGCCUUGAAGGUGGUCCCCUUCGCAGGCUGGCUGCAGAUCUUCUUGUACUGCGGCUUCGUGGAGUUCUCCGGAGGUCUCGGUGAGGAUGCUUGGGGCAGCAAGAGGCCUGGCGAUGUGGGCUGGAACCCGCCUCUGCUCUCCGCUGGCGACGACGAGACCAAGCAGAGGAGGUUGGCCGCUGAGCUGGCGAACGGCCGCCUGGCCAUGAUGGCGAUCAUCGGCAUGUUCUUCCAGGACGGCCUCACCGGCUCUGCCUGGGGCCACUGGGCAGCAUCUGGGAGUCCUGAGAGUUAA